GCGAUGUCGAGUAGCUCGGAUCAAUCGGAUUCGGAUCAUAGAAUUUUUCCAAUAUAAAUUGGUAUUGCUUUAGCAAACCCUACGUAAUUGGCGUGCGAAUUGAGAGAGAGAGAAAAUGGGGAAAAUACCGGUGAAGAUGAAGUCGGUGACAUACGCGCUGUCGCCGUUCCAGCAGAAGGUGAUGCCCGGCCUCUGGAAGGGUUUGGCCGGCAAGCUCUCCCACAAGAUCACCGAGAAUUGGAUCAGCACCAUUCUCCUGCUCGGUCCGCUCGUCGGCACACAUUCAUAUGUGCAAUGGUAUCUGGAGAAGGAGAAGAUGGAUCACAGAUACUGAAAACUUGCUAAUUUUGAGUUUUGCGCUAUUGAAUUUAAUGCUGUGUUUUGUCAAUUUUGAUUUAGUAGCUGAGCGCUUGAGCUAGCUUAUGAGUAUUCAACACCGAAUAAAGCUUUUAGUCUUGGAGCUCCUUUUUUCCA